GGCCAGGCUGGCGGGAGCUGGGGCGGGAGCGGCCGCGAGCCGAGCGGGAGGCGAGCCGGCGGGCGCGGGACCUGCUCGGCAGGAGGAACUGAGGCUGGGGUGGGCGGCGGUUCGAGUUGGGGCUGGGGUAACUAAUUCUCUGGUUUUCAUUUCUGGAAAAGUGGUUGGAUACAGCAGAAGAGGCAAAAAGGAUAAUAUAACGAUACCUUAUUUGAUGUAGGGAGAUGCAUAGGACCCAAGUACACGUGCGCACUCGAGAGCGUGGAAAAUGCUUUGGGGGGGAAAAGUCGGGCGAAGCUUUGUGGGAAGAGGUUGGGAGCUCGAGGGUUUAUGUGGCGCGUCGUAUAUUUCUGAGACAGUUACGUUAUGCGGAACCAAAGUAUAAUUAUGUGGUUGAGAAAAGAUGGGCAUUUGGGAAGUUUGGGUGUCCCCUGGCUGCCACGUGGUAGGAAACAGACUCAGCCAGCAGAUUUGAGGCACACAAGCAGCGUCUAAGUCAGAUGCUGUCCUUGAGCCACAUUUGCUAGAAAUUACGAUAAAACGUGCAAACAUUUCUUUUUCUCACUAAAGAGUUGCACUAUAGAGGUUUUUGUUGUUUCUAAAUCAGAAUGACCGAAAUUUAGACGCUAGCUGUGGUGAUAGGCUCUUUAAUCCCAGUACUCCAGGCAGAGGAAGAAACAGAGGCAGAGGCAGAGGCAGAGGCAGAGGCAGAGGCAGAGGCAGAGGCAGAGGCAGGCUGAUUGGUACCUUUGGGUUUGAGACUGGUACACAUAUGAGGGUUCCAGGCCAGUCAAACACUGGCAAAAGCUACUACCAUCGCCACCACCCUAGUUUCAAAUUUGUGAAAACAAAAGUGGUACAAAAAUUCCAUUAUAUACCUCCCCCAAUUUCCCUAGAUGUCAAUAAUUUAUAGUCGUAGUAGGACGAUCAUAACCACAUUGGUGUUACCUCUACUGCAGUAUUUAUUAUUAGAUGUUAGAUUUCUACGUUUAAUAUUCCCCCCUCUGGUGUAGGAGUCCACCUAGAACCUCACAGCUCACACCGUAGUGUAGUUUUCUCUUAAUGCAUGACAACUGUUUUUUACUGGCUCUGUAGACUUGCAGUGUGCUCUAUCAUGAAAUUUAGACUCUGCCUUUUAGGUAGGAAUACUUCAGAAUUGAAGUUACGCCACAGCAGAUAAUGCCGCACCAGUAGAUCUUCUGGAAGUGAUUUUAGACUAUGUGACUUAAGUGUUGUCUGUCAGAUUUUUUGAGUGAAAUUGUGGGGUUUUCUUUUUUUUGGAUUUAGUUAUUGAGGGCACGUAAUCCUCCUUAUAUGCACGAUAAGCCAAGCACUCUGGAUCCCUGAGUGUAGCAGCCAUUACUGAGACACUUACUAAAUGGUGAACUAUUCCCAUUUUUCUCUUGUAAAUUUUAGUCUGAAUAUUCAGUUGUACAUCAUUAUUGUUUUGCAGUGUGGUACUGGGGAUUGAACCUAGGGUCUCCUGCAUGCUGGGCUAACCUUCUAUUAGACUAUAAUUUCCAGCCCCCAAAUGCACAAUACCAUUUUAAAGAAAGGUACUUGGCUAAUAUUUCCCUGCUUCACACAAGAAGGAAAGGUGCACUUGGGAGCUGUGUAUCUGGGACUGAGUGUCUAAAAUUUGAAAAUAUGUGGUAGCUUGAGCAAAUAAUCCAGCGAGUCCUGAUAGGACCCUACAUUCUAAAAGUCCCAAUUACUAGGACCUAUGGGCUCCUUGUCUUUAAAACUACUUCCUUUUUCCUACAAAAUGGGUAAAUGUUAUAUAUAUAUAUAUGUGUGUGUGUGUACAUAUAUAUACACAUAUAUACAUAUACACACAUAUAUACACACACAUAUAUACAUAUACAUACAUAUCGUACAUACCUACACAUGUAUGUAUAUGCAUAUAUACACACAUACAUACACAAUAGAACAGAUAAUUGUUUGGGUUGAGAUUUUCAAACCAGUCAUUUAACAGCAUACCUGAUUCAUGCAAACAUAAUUCACUUUGAGUCUUCAUGUUUGCAGAAGGGAUUUCCUGGGACUUGGAAUGAGUACGCAUUUGAACACACUGCAAAAAACCUAGCAUUCUUGUGGGUAGGAAAGAUAUUCUAAUACAAGCAUUUCACAUUUCGGUAAAUCUUAUUUGAAGGUGGGGUUACCAGCACACGUUCUCAACCUUUGUCAUCGAAGACUGGGAGCUGGGUUGCUGCGAGGCUGGUAUUGUUUCAAAAGCAUUAGAGUGGAUUUUCAGACUUAUUAGGGUUUAAGUGGGUUGUUUGUUUAAAUUAUUGACUGGUUUGAAUCUUCUACCCCCAACAUACACAAAGCAACUCAUUAGAGUUAAAAUGCAAUCUGCUGUCACUUUGGGAUGAGGAGGUGGGAGCAGAGAAGCGGGCUGCUGGACCUUGUAGGUUUCUCAGACAGCUUAGCCUCCUGCCAUAUGGCACAGCUUGCUUUGGCAGCUCAGAUGGGCAGGCAAGGCUGCGCGGCCCAUCUGGCUCCCCGUCAGUCGUCUCUAGGCCCCUCCAGACCCACAAGCAGUUUCAUCAUCGAUUCAGUCCGGGCCCUAGUCAGCUGUCUUACUGGCUUUUUACUCAUUACGAGUUCCUUGGCUCUUUCCUCUCUCACAAACCUACUGUUUAGGAAGUAGCUCCCGAGAUCCAGCAAGAGAACUUGGCCAGUUCCCAAAGUGGACAGUGCAGAUAAUUUAUUAAAUGGAAAUGUCAAUGCUUCCCCUUCUCGGCAGCCUAGACAUCCCUCUACGUUUUUUUCUUUUCUUUUUUUCUUUUUUUUUUUUUUUUGAGUUUGAGUUUGAGUUUGAGUUUGAGGAUAGAGGAGUUAAUGGGCUCAUUGGGAAACACGUUUAGGUUCAGGCAUUUCCACAAGCGGUUAUUACUAAGCUGUAAACAAACAGAAGGGUGAGAAUUACUGUACACGAUCAAAUUUGUUGGCCAGAGUGGGGUUGAAGAAAGGGAGAGGGGAACGAAAAAAGGGAUUAGAGUCCGUUAGGACGAAACGAUUUUGCUUUUGAAAACAACAGUGAACUCCAAAACCCCGCUUCUCUGCCCGCCGACUCCGCACCGCCUGCGGCGGUGACCGCGCUGCGCAGGCAAGGGGCUCGGACCCGCCACUGCUCGCGGCAAAGCUUGGCGCUGCGGCGCGCGCCGCUUGGGAGGGCGGGACCCGAGAGAGCACCCCCGACACCCCGCGCCGGGGAAGCCUUUCUAUACGUCAUCAAGGCGCUGGCCUUUGGCGGGGCGGACUGAAGGAGGUUCCCGCUUUGAUUGCCGCCCCGCGGGCUUUUUAAAGGGUUCCCUGGGGAAUACAAUCCGGGAGCUGUGGGAGGAGGAGCAAGGGUCUCGGGAUAGGAGAAGUUUGAUGGGUUUAGAGGGACGAGACUCUAGCGGUUAGGGAAGUCGUGCUUAGCCCCUGAGGGAAGAGGCCAGACGCCCGGGAACCGCGCACUCGCUAGGAGAUGGAGUGGAAACUGCAGCGCACCGCCCGGAGGAGAAUCCGGACCGAAAAAGAGAUGUUGUGGGAGAAUAUCAUGCGGGUGCUCGCCAAUGGCAUGAAGCAGCAGCGAAGUCAAGGUUUCCCCAAGGAGUUUGACUCAGUUGCCACAACAUACUCCAACUUCAAGAACAACUUCGUGAAGAGGCUGUCUGCGGAGAUUCCUGUGGCCAGCAGCCCCAUCACCACCAGAUGGCAGCCCAGCCCAGCCAGGGACCUGGAAAGCUCUUCCUCUGUGGAAGAGGGCCCUCUGUCCCACAGCCCUGAAUCUCUGGGAUCUGGGCUGAAGACAACACCAGCAGCAGACACUCUAACUCUACGUGGAUCCCACAGCACAGAUUCACUGAAAACCCCAGCUAAAGGAAAUUUUGAAGUGAAUAACUCCACUCUCCAUUUUUGCAAGCCACCUCUUGCAGGGGUCAGAGGCUGGAAGGAAAAUGUUGCCACCAAAGGCCAGAAAUGCCUAAACCAGCUAUUUUCAACCCAGAAGGGAGUUCAGCAAAUCGAUGGGAAAAUGCAUCUCUGUGAGGAGUCCCGAUGUGUCAGGACAGGCUGUAGAAAUGGAGCCAGAGAUGACUUCUAUCUUAGGAGAUACAGCAGUGUCCGCCAUUCCAUAUGCCAACCGGAGGUGAAGAUUCAUCUCACUGGUCUUCGAAAUGAUUACUAUCUCAAUAUCCUGGACUGGAGUUCUCAGAAUCUUGUUGCUCUAGCCCUUGGAUCCUCUGUCUACAUCUGGGAUGGGCACAGCCACAGCUGGAUUGAAAGUAUAGACUUAAGUGUCUUCUGUCAUUAUGUGUCGUCUGUGUCCUGGGUGAGAGAGGGAUCAUGCCUGGCUGUUGGCACCAGCGAGGGAGAAGUGCAGUUAUGGGAUGUAAUCACUAAAAAGCAGCUGAGAAACAUGCUUGGCCAUUUGUCAGUAGUUGGAGCCUUAAGCUGGAACCAUUGCACCCUCAGCAGUGGGUCCAGAUUGGGGCGUGUCCACCACCAUGAUGUUCGAGUGGCCCAGCAUCAUGUUGGAACACUUCACCACAAGGAGGCUGUGUGUGCUCUGAAAUGGUCACCUGAUGGCAGGCUGCUUUCCAGUGGGUGUAAUGAUGGAUUACUGUCAAUAUGGCCCCAUGAUCCAGGUGCCGGUGUGCAGGGCCCGCCACUGAAAGUCAUAUCGCAGUCCACGGCAGUUAAGGCCAUGGAGUGGUGUCCCUGGCAAUUUGAGGUCCUUGCAGUGGGAGGAGGCAUGAAGGAUGGAUGCCUACAUAUUUUGGAUGUAAAUACUGGGAAGAGCAUUCAGACUCCAAGCACACACUCACAGAUUUGUUCCCUCACCUGGCUACCUAAGACAGAGGAAAUUGCAACUGGUCAAGGUGCUCCCAAGAACGAUGUGGCACUGUGGACCUGCCCUAUGCUGUUCAGGUCCGGUGGGUUCUUUGGUCACAAAGACAGAGUGCUGCAUUUGGCCCUGAGUCCAGACCAGACGCACUUAUUUUCUGCUGCCGCAGAUGGGACAGCUUGUAUGUGGAAGUGCCACUAGUCACCCAACCCAGCCAGUCCUAGGGAGAAUAGAACCGCGGGCUUUCCUUCUCCACUAGGUCAUUGCGAAUGGAAGUUGUGAUGUCAGACUCUUCCUUGCCUGAGUCUCUUCAGGCUGGCUUCUCUACACUUAUUCCUAUCUCACAGCCCAGGGAUCUCUAUACCCUUCCUCUUCUCCCUUCCCCCUUCCCUCCCUCCCCCUUCCCCUUCCUCUUCCCCUUCUUUCCCUUCCUUCCCUCUGCUUCCCUCUCCCCCUCCCUCUUCUCUCUCCCUUUCUAAUCUCAGCUAUUCUCCAGAUUAGUAUAUAGUUCAGUCUGGCCCCAACUUCCAAUCCUUCUGUGUUUACCUCCUGAGAGCUAGGUUUAUAGGUGUAAGCCAACAUACUUGACUCCUAAAGGAAAAAAGAAGCCUUCUCCUUUAUUCCUUCCAUAGAACAAAACAAAAGCCUUAAUUGUUGUAGAGCACGGUAGUGUAAUAGCAGAGAAAUUGGGAUUCUCUGGCCAAGUUCGUUAAUUUGCUAGUUAGUUUGCUUCCCAUUUUCUUUUAACUGGGUUUAGUAAUUACUUCUUUAGAAAAAUCUAGAACGUCUAAAGCUGCAAAUCUAUCUUUCUGCCACUGUCUGUCUGUCUCCUUCUCUCUCUGACACACACACACACACAUACAUACAUAUGCACACACACACAAACACACACACACACACAUACACACACUAGACAGUUUCAAGUAUCCCCCAUCAUUCUAUUUUCAGUUUUAACAGUGUUAUGACAAUGUCAUGAUCAAAGUUCAUUUCUAUAAUUAGUAUUGGUAUGGGAGCAAAUGGGCCUAAUUUAAGAAAAAAAUCAACAUAUUCUGAUAUUAAUUUUAGUGGAAAGUUUGGGAUAUUAUUUUUAUAAAGAAAUUAGUAAAAGUCUAGACAAGACAAAAAAUAGAAGCCUUGACUACAAUUGUCUUAAAUUUUGUGCUACAAAACUUCAAGUCUAUAAAUCUUUAGUGGACAGCUUGUUACAUUUUUGGUUCAUGAAUAGAUAACUGUGAGUACCCAUCCAGAUUAAGAUACGAAUGUUUCUGGUAUCCUAAAAGGAUCUCCUGUUCCCAGCGUCAGUAAGUAGUCUCUCUUCUGACUUCUAUCAUGAUGGACUAGUUUUUACUUAGGCCUACCUUCAGAUAUGUAGAAUCACGCAAUAAACAUGCAUGCAAAAACCCA